CGGGGAGCAGGGUAGAGGCUCCCCGAGAUGACCUCACCCGGGGCUCCUCGAUCAAUCAACUUCCGUCGGAGAGCCCGGGAGGACUGGCUUUGGGCGGAAGCGGCUUUGUAGCGUAGGAGAAGCGAGAUGGGGGUGAAACUGGAGGUGUUUCGGAUGACACUAUACCUCACCUUCCCUGUGGCUAUGUUCUGGAUUGCCAAUCAGGCCGAGUGGUUUGAGGACUAUGUCAUACAGCGCAAGAGGGAGCUAUGGCCACCUGAGAAGGAGGACCAGAAAACAGAGAGCAGAAGGGUAUAUGGUUCCUUAAUUGCCCUCUCCCUGAAGGAUGAAGCUGAGCCCUCCUGGAUGCUGGUUGCGGUUGGCACAGGGCCUCCAGGGCAGACACUGAACUCUGAAGCCGUGGCCUGGGGGAGGAGGGGGUAGGGUGGUGGGAGAGGGGUCCAGGCCCUGAGAUGUGUGUCCCCCUCCUUCCUUCCUGUUCCACCCCCUUUCCCAUCCCCAGCGCCAAGAGCUGGAAGAAUUCAAAA